UCACUCUUUCUCACCCACUUUCCUCGUUGCAUCUGGUGAGCACCCAGUCUCGCCGAUCUCUCCGAAAUGACGAAGGGAACCUCCAGUUAUGGAAAGCGCACCAGCAAGACGCACACGCUCUGCGUGCGUUGCGGUCGCCGCUCGUACCACAUUCAGAAGAAGACGUGCGCGUCAUGCGGUUACCCUAGUGCCCGGAAGCGUACCUACAACUGGUCAAAUAAGUCAAAGAGGAGACGCACCACCGGGACCGGUCGCCUUCGCCACUUGCGUGACAUGCCCCGCCGCUUCAAGAACGGUUUCCGUGAGGGGACUGUUGCUGUCAAAAGCACACCUGCACCCGUCUCCUAAACGCCAUACGGAGGCAGUCGGCCUUGGCAGUUGGGGACUUUUGCGGUCGGAUGUAUUGCAAGUGAACAUGUAAAGGCUGCUUGCGAAUCUCUCCACAAUUAUUUCGUGCAAAUUGCUAGCUUUUAGUUGGUGCGCAGUUACAUUGAGUUGACCGUCAAGGCACGCCGAGUCUUAUUACAGAGGUUCAAAUAGAAACGACGCAGCGAGUCCCGUUCGCUUUUU